GUCUCACCCAGGGUCCUGAAGUCCACAUAACGGCAGUGCGCUUGAGCGCGCUCAGCCGUAUGUAGUCUCUGAAAUGAGACACAGCCACAGCCUCUGAAAUGAGACACAGCUCAUGUUGCCCUAGACCUAUUGGGGGCAGUAAUGAGUCUUGACUUCGUCUAGUUUGCCAGAAAUUUACAGAAGAAGAAAAAGAAGAGGAGCGCGGCGGUGGGUCAGCAAACAUCAAUAGUACUACAUUUCCCGUGAUUAUCUGAGAAAGGCUACGGGUGAAACAGUCACAGCAGCUACGCGUCUCUUUCUAAAAUGAGAACUUUGCUCCCAAUAUUGAGCAAUAAUCAUCAUCGUUCACUAAUAUCACAGAGUCCUGAGUCCACGGAGGGUUAAUGAGUCACAGCCUCGGCGCUGCGGACCGACAGAACCCUCCAGAUCAAACCAAACACACGGUGAUACUAGACUGUUGUGGAGGACUCAACAACGUCGACUAUUCAGAGGUACAGAUUUAUCAAUUAUAUUAAGUUUCGUUCUGUGCACGAGAGAAUUUGUAUGAAUCCUGACAUCUGCUCUCACCGGCAGAGUCACAGAGCUCACCUGUCCCCCUUUACCUGUUGUUGACUUUUCUCCAGAUAUGAUGUCGGCGGACGCUCCUUCAAAGUAAAAGCAUUUAAAGAUGGAUGCAUGCCUGUGUCAAAGCAGAGAGGGAAACUGAACCUCUGAAAUUUCACGCGUUACCUAUGGUUUGUUUUAAAAUGACCCGUCACUGGAAACAGAGAGGAUCUUUUUCUCUAUGCGAUUCAGCUUUACAACCUCUCCCCAUUUCCGUGGAGCAGUUUAUUCAGAGAAUAAAAAUACUUAACAUAUUUAUGUACUGGGUUGGAAAAAAUAAUAUGUUUUCUAUGUAAGUGAAAGUACAUUUACUGUAACAACAUCUUGCUGAGUAGAAGUUAGCUUACCACCAUUUUUAUCUACUUUAAGCUCCUCUCCUGUGAUGAGUUCUUAUGGCAUUUAUAAAAAUGGACUUAAAGAUUUAUUACAAAAAUAAAUUAAAAAAAAACAUGCACCAGAGAAACAGCCCUUUUUUACUUACAUAUUUAUUAAAAAUAAUACAUUUGACUGUAAAAAGUCAUAAUGAUGAGCUUUCUUUUUGUUUUUUUCCAGAAGACUUAGAUUUUAAAAAAAUCUCUGUUGACUGUUGGCAGUUUUCUUGCAUUUACUGGCAACAAAAAAAUUUGCAAAAUAGCAUUUUUGAUAUAUGCUAUUUUACACCGAACAGUGUGGGUCCUUUGGUUUGAAAAGUUUAGAAAAUGUAAUUUUUUUUAAUCUUUAUAUUCUUUAAAGUAAACCCUUACAGAGAGCAGAUUUUAUGCCAGACUUAAAUAACUGUCUAAUUUUAGAUAAAGUUAUUUCUUUUUCCACAAUUUUCCAUUGUCCUUGUCUUUCAGAUGGACUUGACAUUUUUGGGAGGAUUACGAAACUACGUCGACCCUCACAACUCCAGCUUUGUUUUAGCUGUGAUCGCCAUUAUCUUCAAUCCUCUCUUCUGGAACCUGGUAAGAAAUUGAGGUUGACUAGUGUUGGUUUUUCAGGGCUGAUAACUGAUACUUGGAACUGAUAUGAAUUUAGAAUAUUGAGUGGUACAAAUGCCACCACAAAAGGGUCUUCAUUUUUCUUCUGCUAUUGUUCACUUAAAACUGACCCCAUCAACAUCACAGUUAAUCAGUUACACUCACUGCACAAUUGUGUCACAGUUGUGAUAUAGCUACCUAAUCAGAUAGUGUUGUAAGCGGGACAUAGGUGAGACAAAGGCCUGGUUUAUUCUCCUGCUUCAGGUGCAAGCCCUGUGAUUGGUCUGCUUGUUGGUGGACACUUGUGAUAUUGCUACCUUCCCCUGUUUUCUUCCUCAGCAGCUGUAUAGUUUAUCUCCUCCAACAUCCUUCUCCUUUCUUUGUGCACUAAUUGCUGCAUGAUCAGCUGCAGCUCCAUCUCAAACAUUUUACCCUCUGAUUCAGUUGUCGUGGUUUCCUUUACUCAAACAAAGACGGAAUGUAGUGGGACUGGAAAUUGGUGACAAAAUGAGCAUAGAGGUCGCACCAGCAACAAGGAAUUUAUGCAGAGUACUGUUGUAGCUAUGGCGUAGGUCUACUGCAGAACCGUAAACCCGGCUACAUUGAUGCAAGGCAGCAGACACAGAGGGAGAUGCACAUCUGCUGAAGAGCCAAAGCAACACAAUUUCAAUUGAUUCGUUUUUUUCCGCCAUCUUUUAAAAACAGGCCAACAACAGAUAAUCCGCCAAAUGCUAAGUAUUGGCCAUUAUAUUCUGCAGUGCUGAAACAGUUUUGUAUAUUCAUUAUAACGGCGCAACAACGGCAGAUUGACACUGUAGGCUUCAGGCUUGAGUGGAUGCUGGCGCGUUUGGCUGCCGCUGCUCACCGGUAAACUUUUAACUUUUUUAGCGCUCUUCCGUGCUCUGGAGACCAGCCCUCAGUAAAUGCUGUUCUCCCUGGGACUCUUACCCUAUACAUUCACCAGACUUUGCUACCAGAGCUCUCACCGCCUUGUGUGUCUAGACGGGUAAGCUAAUCUUAGCCUACCUGCUCGACUCACCACCCGGCUCCACGUCUCAUCCUCUCCGCCACGCUUCACCAUGUGGAUCAGUAAGUUCUAUGUACCGGCUACUCUGGUUGUCUUGGUGUGGACUGCCCUGUCGCUCCUCCAUCUACCCGUGGAAGGUCUCCUCCAGUACUCGGCGGCAGAGGUCCUCAGGCUCAGCUCCCAGAAGCCUGGAUCUCCACCGGCAGCUCUACACCUCCACUCGGACGUCGCCCUCCUGCCUCGUCCGAGGUACAUCCACGGUGGGUCUCGGCGGGCUUUCCACUCUGGCAGCUCCAAGGGGAUUACCUCUUUCUGGUCCUUCACUCGUCGCCCACACAGAAACACUGGCCGGUCUGUGGAGGGUGCUCCCCACAACACCACGAGCGUCAGCUUCGGUCUGCUUAACAUCAGAUCCUUCUCCGGUAAAGGACAUCUCAUUCAAGAUAUCCUCAUCGACUGUAAGUUUGACUUUUUAUGCCUAAAUGAGACGUGGCAAGUCUCUGGUGACUUCUCCCAGCUGAAUGACUCCUCUCCGGCGGGGUUUGUUUACAUUCGCAAACCUUGUGAGUCGGGUCGUGGGGGAGGUCUCGCGAUACUCUAUCGCGAGAAGUGGAAGGUCCUGCCUGUUUCUGUGCCUCCUCUCUCCUCACUUGAAUGCCUGGUAUGUCAGCUACCUGGACCUGUCCCCACAAUCAUUGCCACAAUAUACCGUCUUCCCAAACCUCACAGUGACUUUUAAAAUGAAUUCUCUGUCCUCCUUACUCACCUCGCCACUCUCUCACCCAAUAUAAUUCUGCUCGGAGAUUUCAAUAUCCACAUGGACAAUGCUACCCUACCCCUUACCAUGGAUUUCUCUUUACUACUUGACAGCUUUGGUUUUCAACAGUUUGCAGAUUUCCCCACACACAUCAAAGGCCACACAAUAGACUUAAUUUGCUGCUCAGGUCUAACCCCCUCCAACUGUACCGCUGACACAUUGCACAUUACGGACCACUCCCUCCUCUCAUUUACCAUCACUCUUCAGCUCUCCAUCUCAAAAGCCCCCCGCGUCAUCUCAUACCGCAACAUUAAGGAUAUUAACUUGGACUCCCUUUCCUCCUCCAUCACUGCCCUCACCCUGAACCUCACUUCCACCCCUGAUGAUCUUGUCAUACAAUAUAACAAUGGACUGUCCAACAUACUCAACUCACUUGCUCCUGUCAAAUCCCGCUCUGUCUCCUUCACUAGAUCCGCACCUUGGUUUACCCCCCAUCUCCGUUCCAUGAAAUCCAAAAAUCGACAACUAAAAAGACUUUUCAGGAAAACCAGUCUCACCAUCCACAAAGACAUCUUAAUAACUCAGCUAUCUCUCUACAAGGACUCCAUUUCUCAUGCCAAAUCACAGUACUACUCUGGACUCAUCUUCUCUAAUGCUGGAAAUACCAAGUCUCUUUUCUCUGUUUACAACCGUAUCAUUCAACCCUCGGACUGCUUUCCUCCCCACAUGUAUUCAUCAGACACCUGCGACUCCCUCCUCAGUUUUUUUUUAUAACAAAAUCACUAAAAUCCAACAGAACCUGGGCUCCACAUCCUCACCACUUCCCUCAUCUGACCGUCUCCCUCCUUUCCAACCUUUUUCCACCUUUGUACUCCCUAACCCCUCAGAAAUCGCCAACCUCAUUACCAAAUCCAAACCUUCAUCCUGCCAGCUGGAUCCCCUCCCCACUCCUCUGGUCAAAUCCUGUCUGCCCUCUCUACUCCCCCUCAUCUCAGUCAUCAUCCACUCCUCUCUGUCGACUGGAACUGUUCCCACCCCCUUCAAAUCUGCAGCCAUCAGUCCCACCAUGAAAAAACCUGGUUCAGACCCCAACGACUUCAAUAACCUCCACCCCAUUUCCCACCUCCCCUUCAUUUCCAAAAUUUUAGAAAAAACUGUUGCCUCUCAACUCCACACCCAUCUCACCCACAGUAGCCUCUACGAACAGUUCCAGUCCGGUUUCCGUCCCCUUCAUAGCACUGAAACAGCCCUCAUCAAGAUCAUCAACGACCUCCUCAUGGCAGCUGACUCUGGUUUAAUCUCCAUCCUCAUUCUCCUUGAUCUGAGUGCGGCCUUCGAUACCAUCUCUCAUCCCAUCCUCCUCCAUAGACUCUCCUCCAUAGGCAUUAAUCACACCUCCCUUCUCUGGUUUCACUCAUACCUCACUUGCCGCACUCAGUUCAUCCAACUCAAAUCCUUCACCUCACAGCCCUCCCCCCGUCACCUCAGGUGUACCCCAGUGUUCGGUCCUGGGGCCCCUCUUCUUCAUUAUCUAUCUCCUUCCCCUUGGCAGCAUCUUCCAUAAAUUUGGUAUCCACUUUAAUUGCUUCGCGGAUGACACCCAGCUUUACCUCUCCAGUAAACCCGAUGCCUCUCUUCCACCCUCCUCCCUCACCCACUGCCUCUCAGAAAUUAAAUCCAGGUUCACGUCACACUUCCUCAAACUCAACUUCGAUAAAACAGAACUCCUCCUGGUCGGUACCAAGUCCACUCUUUCCAAAACUGACAGUUUCUCCCUCACCAUAGAUAACUCCACAGUGUCCCCUUCCCCUCAGGUUAAGAGUCUGGGUGUCAUCCUCGACAGCUCACUAUCUUUCCACUCUCACAUCAGUAACAUCACCCGGUCUGCAUACUUCCACCUACGUAACAUCAACCGUCUCCGCCCGUCACUCACUCCUCACACCACAGCUAUCCUGGUCCACAGUCUUGUCACCUCCCGUAUUGACUAUUGCAACUCACUCCUCCUCGGUGCCCCUCACAAAUCCCUCCAUAAACUUCAACUUGUCCAAAACUCUGCAGCCCGUAUCAUCACCAGAACCCCCUCCUUUCACCACAUCAUCCCUGUCCUUCAGCAGCUUCACUGGCUUCCUGUCAGGUCCAGAAUCCAUUAUAAAAUCAUACUGUACACUUUCAAGGCCAUUCAUACCCUUGCCCCCCCUUACCUCUCCGAUCUCCUCCACAUCGCCACCCCCUCACGCUCCCUCAGAUCCUCCUCCUCCUCCCUCCACCUUUCUGUCCCCUCUGCCCGGCUCAGCACCAUGGGGAGCAGGGCUUUCAGUCGCUCUGCCCCAAACUCUGGAACUCUCUCCCCCCAGAUCUCAGAAACAUGGACUCACUACCCCACUUCAAAUCAAAACUCAAAACACAUCUGUUCCAAAUUGCAUAUUCUCUUUAACUGUCCAUCUUCAUACCUGUAUGUUGUUUUUAUUUAUUUUAACUGUGUUUUAACUGUGUUUUUAAUGCCCUGUACAGUGUCCUUGGGUGUCCAGAAAGGCGCUUUUAAAUAAAAUGUAUUAUUAUUAUUAUUAUUAUUAUUAUUAUUAUUAUAACAACAUACCAUAUGCACACCUAAAGUGAUCAUUGAUUGUGAACUUAAUGAUUUGAAAAUGAAUCAGGCAGAAGUCCUGUUUUCUGCAUGCCUGAUCUUGAUCUCCUGUUUUCUUUUUUUUAAUCAUUCGUCAGGUGGCAAGAUGGGAACAUCAUACCCGUGGACUGUCCAGGCUCUUUGGCAGCCCCUAUCUGGCUUGUUACUGUCUGGGUUUCGUCAUCAUUCUGCUUAACUUGUAUCGCAGCCACAGGUAAGCCACAUUCUGUUACUGUUCAGCUGAAUUAAAAUCAUUGGGAUCUUAUUCAUGAACUAUAGAUUAUCUCAGCUGAAUGACUCAUACUUGAUUAUUGUGCGGUCACUCAAAUCACUUUUGCGUCAUUUAGAAAUGGUGGAUAAUGGCUCAUGCAUGAUUAAUACAAAGUAAAAACAAAUCCAAGGUUUGACUUCUAUGAAGUAUAAAACCUGUAGUCAGACCAAAACAUGUACAACUAAGUGGUCACUGUUAUGCCCCAGUCUAGGGGUGCCUAGGACACAACAUGAUAAGGCCUCAUCUUCCCCAAGUCCCAAGUAGCCACAAACAAGAGAUUUGUUUCAAUCAUAAGAAAAUGAUUUAUUUACAUAAAUAAGUAAAUGAACAUAUAGAUAUAGAAAAGUAACUAAGACUAAGUUGUUAGGCUUCAGGGUGGACUGAGGCCAAAAUAACAACCAAAAUGAGCCUGUCUAUAGAGUAAGUAAUUAACCUAACCAAACAAAGGAAACGAAUGACAAAAGACUUACCUCCUUAAGUAAAUAAACAGGAGAAAACAAGGUUAACAAAUCUGGCAGCCCACCCUAACUACUCAAAAGACUACAAAAUAUACAAGGGUUUAAGCACAGCAAAACAGUGUGGCCGGUUGGGAGAGGAGGAGGAUGAGGAAUGCCUGCAGCCCUGCCACCGGUGGCUGCCAUCUUGGCUCCUCAUAUAGCAGGUGGUUGUCGGUUUCAGCCAAUCACAGUCCAGGACGUAGAGCCAAUCCACCAAUGACCAUGCGGCUGUGGCACAUGCCUAUUUGCUUAUGAAAUUGACACGACAAAAAAAAAACACAGGGCACACACACACAGCAGACAGACUACAAAAUAUGACCACAGUCAUAACAGUCACAAUUAUCCCACCAUGGUUUUGCCACAGUUAUGACUAAACAAAAAGGAAAUGUCAGAUUUUCUUUAGAAGCCACUUGGCAUUGAGCAUGAGAUACGCUAAACAACCAUUCAGUUGAUAAAACUGGUAUUCUCUGAAAGAGUACAUUUACAAAGCCUCUUAACAAACUUUGGUCUCAUAAAGAACAUCAAGAUUUUCCUGAAACAGAGCCAGCUUCAAUCAGGACCUGGUUAAUGGGUACUGAAAAAAUCUGAGAACCACUGAUUCUACCAUGAUUACUUUGGUGUUUCUCAGAUUUCUUUAAAGCUGCAUUUCAAACCAAGUGGUCCAGUACAGUUUGUGACAGUAAGGUAUUCAGCUGUUUUGAACCCCAACGCUCUUAAAUGACAUUUCCUUCAUGAUCAGCUCUGAAGCACUUUUGGGUCUGACCCUCUUAAAGCUCUUAUUACCGCCUAAAGGAGAGAGGAUUGAGGAGAGGGAGGAAAAAUCAGAGCAGAGAUGUGCUAUUGAAACACAAUAGCAGCUUUUAUGGGGGUGAUAGCUAACAAACCUGCCCGUGUGUCAUUUUUUUGGAAGCUGCAUCUUCGGAAGGGAAAAAUUUCCCAGUUUGUGCAUGUUUCUUUUUGGGAUUAGUUGGAUUUACAGCAUUGAUUUGACACAUAAGUACAGAUCAGGCUUUAGCUCUUUGGGGUUUUAAUUUAAAGGACUUCUGUCAUCAAAAAUGUCUGUAUGUUAAUUUCAUUUUGCAGUAUGACGGUGGCGAUGAAGACCCAGACCAGGUGGACCGUGUUAGAAGGGACUGAAAUUUUCUAUGCUGGAGUAGCUCUCAUGGUCUUUGGCACCCUUCUGGUGGUCAGCAGCUUCUUGGCUCUGGGAUUCACCGGAACUUUUCUUGGUAAGUGUGGAGGACCCAUUGUAAAAGCUUAAACUAAACACUGAGAAUAUUUGGGAUUUUUGCAUCUUAGAUGUUUCUUUUAGAUCCAGUCAGGUGGCUCAGUCCACCUAAUAAACACAUUUGUGAGAGCAGGAAGCCCGAGGAGUUCUUCCUAGAAGGGUUGUUAGCCUAAAUAACCACCAGGUGAAAAGUUUAAUGCCUGGUUCACACAGGAAGCGCGCGGAACGGAAGAGCCGCGCACAGAGUUUCGGAUCGGCACCUGUGUUAACCUAUGAGACUGUUCACACAGCUCGCGCUCUGGAGUGCGGCCGCUCCGCUUCUCUCUAUUUAAGGCGCGAGCCGCGCGCGCCAAUUGUAAAGCUGGACAGAGCAGAUCGGACCAGACAGGAAGUCGGAACAGGAGACCCAAGAGAAUCCGGUCAAUUUUCAAAAUAAAAUAAAUUUCAAUAAAUUAGAAAAAAAGGAUUUACGGUGUUGCUUGUCGGUCUAUUUUUUACCGAUGAACUUGCAUGCACACACACACGGAGGGAGAGCUGCAGCUGGAGGGAGUCAACAGACUCCCCAAGUUAUUCGUUGUUUACCCCUAUAUAAUAAUUUAAAACAAUACUUGAAGAUGCUGCCAAUAUUUAAUUUAUGUAUGACGAAAUAAAAAUGUAAAUAAAUAUUGAUUUACCCAUUUUUAAAGCGCUCGUAAGUGUGGAAAACUGAAGGCAGACGGAAACGGCCGAGCACUGCCGGGCUCAAUCGAUGUCUGACCGGCGUGUCAGAGCGCAGCAGAAAACGCUUUAUGUGUGAACAGCCAAGCGCACUGCGCGCCGGCGCUGCGCUUCCUGUGUGAACCAGGCAUAAGACAGUUUGACUUAUUUUUAGCUUUUUAUAGACCUAAUUGGUUGUGCUGAUGUUUAGCAUUUAUUUGUCACUGUGGUCAUAAAAUAACUUUAAUUGAAAAUGAAUUAAAUUUUCAGUGCCUCUAUACUUUUAAAGACCAUGUGCUGUAAAAUUGAAGAAUAUCUAAUAUCCAUUGCGGAUGUGAUAGUAUUUCAAACCAAUAUAGUCAAUGAAAAAGAAAUCCAAUUUUGUAUCUUGUUAUGUUAUCCCCCCUUCCUCUCAGACCAUAUUUUUUUCAUUUUCAGUGACUUAGCUGACUCUGCACUUAUUGCUGCCUGAAUUGUUGUUGUUUCACUGAGACUGAAUGUGGUGUUUUUUAACUGUUAAUUUUUAUUGUCCAUGAUCACAGGCUAGUCUUUAACAUAGAUUUAUCACACAUUAUUUGCUGUUGCAAAGAAAGAGAAAACAUAGAAAUUCAUAAACACAUCAACAAGUAGGUCAAGUAAUAAAAACAGAAGAAUACAUAUAUAUAUAUAUAUAUGUGUAUGUAUAUAUAUGUAUGUAUGUAUGUAUGUAUGUAUGUAUACAUACAUACAUUCGUUCAGACAGGGAUAACACUGUGUCACAUUUUUUGACUAAUUUUUGUUUACCUUCCAUUUGUGUUUCGAUGUUUUUGACUCAUGAAAUUAAAAGAAAAGGGGCAGGGCAGUGAUUUUAAAAGGGUGUCGUGAGCUUACAAAAGUUACCACAGUGUCAGUCAUAUGACCAGACACAGACAUGAAAAUAUGGACCCAAAACUCUCUCACCCCAGUUUGAAUCUUCUGUGUCUGUUUUCCAGGUGAUUAUUUUGGCAUCCUUAUGGAUGAGAAGGUGACAGGCUUCCCAUUCAAUAUCACAGAGAAUCCAAUGUACUGGGGGAGCACCGCCAACUACCUCGGCCUGGCACUUAUGUAGGUUUGCCUGUAUCUGUGUAUAAGUCUAUGCUGUGGUGCUGCAUAGGAAACAGAUGCACAUGUGAAAAUGUGUGUACGUACACUAUUGGAGUAGUGCAUGCAGCCAGACAUCCAGAUGCAUGUUUGUACACUUGUGCAAUUAAGUUUUCCUUUAAACUUCAGAUGCUGCUGUUGUCUUUCUUCUAAGUGUGUUUCUCUCAUUAAACUCAGAUCUAUUAGAGGUAGAGGUGCAACAAUUGAUCGUGUAGUCAAAAAAAUGCAUAACAAAAAAAUCAGUAGUAGACAAAUCAACAAAUUGCUUAGUUGCUGAUGACAUACUUGCACAUAUUUCAUGCUGUGGGAGAACAUAAGAUCACUUUCUGGAGUUGACUUAAUGAGAGGUGAGACAUCUUGCAUCCUUACUAUCUUUGACAGCGACUGAUAAUCUUUAGCUAGUAACAUUGCAAAACACUGGUCAGGUCAGUUACCCUGUGGGCUGAGUCAGCAGAUCUCCUGAUUUGUGCACACAUCAGAAAAGAGUGCCUUGGUGUGACAAAGUGGGUGGGAUCUUGUCUGUAUUUAUCAUUUGUCACUUAAAAAUUUGUUUACAUAUUACAUCUCAUCACCUCUGAAUUAUUAUUUCAUUUGCUCUAAUUUACUUUUACCUUAUGUAACUUUUGUAACACAUUCUAUCUUGGGUUUGUUUGUGUUAUCAUUGAGUUUCAGUUCACAACAAAGUCAAAGUAAGUUCAAGCAAACACAUAGGCUUCAGUUUCACUUAGUUUGAUCAGGUUUCUGGAUCUAGCACUGUAAUUGUUUCUUUAGCCAUACUUAUGUUUGUUGUUUAUUCAGCUCACCAUGGCUAUUUCCUGGGUUUAUAAGGAAUUGGUGUCGUCAGAGCUGACAUCACGGGAGUACACCAACUUUGGGGUUUUUCUUUUUGUGAAAUGUUUUUCUUUGUUCAUACUUACCAUUUGUUUGGUAGUGUAAGUAUAUGAUUUAUUUGGUUGGACUAUAGUUUAGAUAAGUGAAGUACAAACAGUUAGUGUAGGAGUUUUAUUUGAUUUCUUCUAAUAAAGAGAGAGAUCCUAAGCUCCCCUUGAGGUACUUUGGUACACUCACUGGCAGGUGGGUUGUUGAUUGAGCAGUCUAUAAAAGCAGAGGAGCCUCGCUCCCAUGGGAAGAAGGUGAGUCCUAGUUUGGUCUCUUUUGAGAUUAGUCUUAUUUGAUUUUGGGAAAGGUUUUUUGGUUUUAAUGGAGUCUGCAUGUAUUGAACUCACCCCCGGAAAAUCUGAGGUCUGUUGAUUUGCCUCCCUACCACCUUCCUAGAGGCUUGAGCCAAACUACUUUACACUCAGGCAAAACUCAUUACUCCAACAUGACUACUACACUUUGCAAGAGACUGCACCAUUAGCUGUAUCAUUGAGUGGCCAGCUCCAGCAGUCCCAGCAGUGUGUCUGAAACCUCCUCCUUCCUCUGCUCUCUUAUCAUAUUCCCCCUCACUUUCCCUCCACUCUUCUGGAAGUUUUCUCGUCUUUCCUUGGCUCACUUUCCAAGACUGUCAUACAAUAAAAUCUGAUGGCAGCAAUCAUGAUCACUGCCCCCCCCCCCCGGCUGCAGUUCCUUUCUCACAUCACCUGAUCCUUGUAUGACCUAAUUUAUCCUGGUGCCAAAAGGAAAUAUCUGUACAGUUUUGUAAGAAGUCAUAAUGAAGUGCAACACAUACAUUUUUCUUUUGUGUUUAUUAACUUACCACCAAACUGAUGAGUAUUUGAUGUAUCUAAUCCAAAGUUGCACACAUACAACAUCCUUUCUGUUGUUUUUUCUGUUUGCAGUGGAGCCAGUCCUGUUGGCCUAGUCCUCACUGCUAUAGUAGCCAUGGUCUACAGUGUGGCAAUAAGUUUUGAGGGGUAGGUUUUUCUUUGUCUUCUUUGUCUCAGGCGUUUGGAAAGUCAUUGUUUCCCUCCUCAUAUGUUAGUACAUAUGAGGGAGGAAAAACAUGAUUUCCUCAGGCCAAAGACUGAAAUGUGUAUUUGGUGAAUGCAGAGUUCUCUCAGACCCUGCUGUUAGUUGAACAAUCCAGUAUUUUUGUAAGUACUAACAAAAACCACAUCUGCUUUUUAUUCAUAUUGGGUCCUUUUAUGUUCAAAAUAGACAGAUACCUAAAACUUGUAAUUUAUACAUGACAACAAAAAAAAAAAAUAGAAAUAAAACACAGAAGUUAAAUUAGUCAGAAUUUAGCUGGUUUGACCUUCACAUUAGGUUUAAUAAUGUGAAUGGGUUUUACAAAACAACUAAAUACAUGUUUUUUUUCUGCAUGUUAUAUCAUAACAAAAAUAAAAAAUCACAGAGAAGUGGUAAACAUUGUGUUUUUUGCUUAAAAAGGGGGUAUUAUGCCUUUUUUGAGACUCUAUACUUCCUCUCUGAAUCCUCUUUAAUAUCUGUAAAUAAUUUUCAUAUAAAAAAACCCUCUGUUUCUUACUCUGGUGUGUCAAAAUAUCUGUAUUUUAGCCUCUGUCUGAAACACUUUGUUGUAGCUGCUGUCUGUUUUUCAUCCUGGGUAACAGUCCAGUUGGUGCUUGUCUGGAGAACAGAGCAGUGACUGACAGCUGGUUUAUAAUAACAUAUUUGAUCCAUACUGCUUUAGAGGAAGCGAAAAAGAGAAAAUCAGUAUUAUGUGUUUGGGGUUCGAGUCUCUAAUGUCUGUUGCUUUUAAUUUACAGACCAUUCACUGAACAAAUCUAUGAGGAGAGGAAACAUCACAACAAGCAGGAAUAAAACCUGAGUGGACACCUUCACCUUCUCAUCCUGUAAAAAGCGUGGACGGACUAAACAGCUGAUAGACUUGUUCUACCCCCUUGGCCAUUAUUCCACGUUUAGCCUACAUUCAUGUGUGUUAUCACACACUGUAACUUAUUUUUUAGUUGUGGGUAAAGUUGUUUAAAAAGUUGUCAAAAAGCCAUUUUUAUAUCUGAUUCUUCUAAACCAUGAAGCUGUGACAAACUUUAUUUCUCUUGACCGGAUGACAGUACUUUUAAUUUUAAGAGUAUUAAAACUUCUUAACUACCUCUAUGCAAGAAAAAAGGGUUUUUAUACAGGAGUAUGAUAAAAAUGAUAUUAAAUAACUGCAUUAUUUAAUGGCUAUUGAGAGCCCAAAUCUGGUGGCCAGUGAGGCAAAGAAAUAAAUCAAAAAUUUUCAUUAGCAACAUAACGUUUUCAAAAAUUAAAGUUCCAAUGGGACUCUGAGACCAGGAUGAGAAACUGUCCAAAUAAUCAAACAUUUCAUAGUACUUUUGUAGCGGGGAUCUUUGGUGCAGUUCUCCUGAUGAUAAAAAGCGCUCUGACCAGCUUAAAGCUAAAUUCUUUUUAUUAUUAUUAUUUUUAUCUAACACCCCUGAAUGGUACCAGGUUUUGUAAUCAAUAAAUACACCUCAAAAGUGAUGACCUGACUCAAGUGAAACUGUUGAAACACACACAUGAAUGAUGUGAUAGCCAGUCGAUAGAUGAAGUCGUUUGUCUAGUUUAAUGGAGGCAAACUGAGAAAACACUCAGGGGGACUCUGAAACAGUUUUCUAAUGUCAGCUGAUCAAAAAGUCUCAAUGGCCAUUAAAAGAUACAGUUUUCAUGGAGUUCACAUUUACCUCUGCACAUUCAGACAAACUACUCUCACCCAAAAGGAGGCAUGGUCAGUUUCAAGUUUGACUGCUCUAAAAUAAGUGUGCUGAACGUCAUACCUUUGAAUAGCAGGUCAAAAUUGCUAAGUGUGGUAAAAUCCUGCAAUCCUAAAACUUUUUUAAUUCAUUCCUGUUGAUCUUUACACCUUCUACUUUUAUCUUCUUUCAUUUUUAGAAAAUGUUUAUGUACAUUUAUUAUUAAAGCUGUCACUGUAUUUGAUCUAACAAAAACAAAACUGUUUUCAAACAAAAAAAAGUCAGUGACACAGUUUUCCCAUCAUGUGCAUAAUAACUGAAGAAAUCAGAUGCAGUUUUUCUGCUGUGAUGCAAAACAGUACACAUACCAAGAAGUAAACACAGGCAGUAUGUGGUAUCUGAUAAUAUUACUUAUGUUUAUUUAGUUAUAAAAAUAAUAUUUCAAGUACAAUAUGAAAUCAAGCAAAAGUUGAUGUUUGGAUUAAACUGGACAAAAAGUUAUGUAGUAACUAUAAUAAUGAUAAAUAAAUUGAACUGAGUCGAAACUGUGUUUCAAAUAAACAAGUUGAUUAGAUCACAUGGGGCCCACAUUGAGUGUGAUUAUAAGAGAAGCAGCACAGUCUGAUUUCAUGCAUGAAAGUGAGAAUUAUUUAAUUUUCAAAAGAACAGAAACACAUUUAACAUCUGUCAGGAAAGGAAACAUAAAUCAGGACUAAUUAGAGUUAAAUGUUGUUUUUUCAUGUAUUAAACAAUCACAAUUCCUUAUGACAUGAAAAUGGCCUUCAACUCUGUUUUUACUGAGCUUUUUGUUUUCAUCUUUCUUUUUCUAUGUGCUCUAUGACUAUAUGUCAAAGCACUGUAAACUUGUAAAUAAAAAGUAAUUACAGUGUUACAACCUGACCUAGCAGGCAUAAGAUAUUCAAUAGUUAGUUCAACUAAAGUUAGCAUGGAUAAAUCAUGUUAAUAUUUUCACUAAUAGACUAUAGACUAGGACUGAAAUGAUAUAGAGUUUCAGAUCACACAAGGGUGUGAAACAAAGCCGUAGUGUGGAUUAUUCUGCUCAUGCUGUCCUAACUCAGCCAUAAGAUAUGUCCCAUUCACCUGAAAAUUACAAAAUGAAGGGUUCACAUCUUCGAUGUGACAGAAAUAUGUCACGUGUCCCAAUCAUCCCAACAUCUUCCUGGUGGUCUGGUUUGUAAGUUUCAUAACCAGGUAAAAAUCCUCACAGGUGCGUACAUGUUCUGGAGGUUCAUGACUUCUAUAAUCUGAGAAGAAUAUAUCUAUCCCUGUAUCUAAAGACUGCUGUGGUACUGAGUCUCUGUACCAGUGUAGACAUCCUGCGAUUCACACAAAACUGUCUGCUGAUGUGGUUAAAGUCAACAGAGGGCUAUGGGAUACUUUUAUGUUUUCAAUAAUAGCUGUCUGUCUGUAGGCUACCAGGCUUAUAAAAGUUUGGAAAUGUCAUAGUUCUUGGUUGAGAUCAAAGAUGAUGAAAGGAAAUGCUGCAGAUCAAAGUAAACUGAACAUGAACAUAUCCAAAUAUGCUUGCUUUUUAAAAGGAAAUUUCCUUAUAUUUAAAUACGGUUGUAUGAGUUACAGCUUUUUUUCUAGCCACAAUGGAUGUCAGCCAGCUCUGCCCCUUUACUGAGGAACUGCGGGUGGAAACAGGACGCUGAUAAUAAUAUGGUUUCAGCUAAUUUUGUGGGACUCUGAGCCAAAUGCUCUCUACUAGGAGGGUUUCCAGCACUUCACUUUGUCAUCUGAGAGCCCAUUUGUUUUAUUAGACAUAGUUUUAAUAAAACACAAAAACAGUCUUCAUUUUUAAUGGAAUUAAUAAAGUCAGUUGGUUAUGACAACACCUCUCGAGGUCAAAAGAGUCUCUAGUUUUGAGGUCUGUUUAAAGAUUUAUUUUUCUAUUCUGGUACAGAAUAGAAAAUGGUUUAAACUGUAGUUUUGAUGUUUAUUUUAAUGAGGAUUUUUUUAAGUUCUUUAAAAAGAAAGUGAGGUAAGUAUUUGUUACAGAAUAGGAUAAAAGUAGAAGUACAGGGCUUUACAUUACAGCUAGAAAUCCUGAUUCAGUCCAAGCACCAUCAUCAUCAUAUACACCCUUAAAAACCUUGAGGUCAGACUGUAUAUCAUGUGAGUGUUCAUGUACAUGACACUACCACUUGUGACACAAACACAUUGAAACAUAUUAACAGAGUCCAGAUUUACAGUACAUGUAAACGGAUGUAUACAGGUAGAUUUAAGUUUGACUUAGCGUCACAGUGUUUGCUGUGUAUUGAUGAAUUGCACUUCUUUGCCCGUGCUAAUGACUCGAGGAGACUAUUCUGUACUUUUCAGAGAGUGGUGGAGUGCCAUGCUGUUGUGAGUUACUUAUCACAUACAAGUCUUUGAUUGGGACGACCAUUCACUCCAGCUGUUGUGUCUGAGCCAAUGAAAAUACUGGAGAUUUAAACAUCAACUUCACUCUUUUGACUCUCCCCCCCCCACACACACACACCCACGUCAAACAGUGUAACAUGCUCUCCUUGCAGAGUCCAUCAGAGGUCUGUUCUGUGUAAAGUGUCUCUCCUCCAUGAGGCUUUUUUGUUUGUGUUCUCUUGUUUCUGAGCAUCAAUACUGGUGUUGCAUCUGUGAGAUACUGAUCCCUCUGACCCUCUGCGCCCACAGGAGUUGCUGACAUUGUUAGGCAGGUGGGUGAAAGGGCCUCUCACUUCCUCUUGCUGUCCAGAAUGGACCUCCAGUCAUCGUACCAGGACAGGAGUCGUCUCUGUGAGGGGCUGACGGAAAGAUGCUUAUUGUGGCAGGCGGUAAACAGCACAUGUUCCCAGGUUGGUUUGGGCUCCACCCCUGAUUAGGACACAACAACAGAAAAUUAAGUAUUACCUUCAUCAGCUGUCUGCUGGAUAAGCAAACCCUGAUAUGCACCCACAAUUAGUGAGCACAUGGAAGAUAGGGUCUGUUUAUUGCCACUUGCAGGUUUAAUCUGAGUUGUUUUGGUGUUUUGGAUAAUCUUGCAUUUGGGUCCACGACAACAGAGUGCAGCAAGGUCUCACCAAGAAUGUCAGGCUUGUCAUCUAUAAGGACGUCUCCAGUGAUUAAUGUCUUGUCUCUUGUCAAGAUGACCUGCUCCAGAAAGUCAUGGCCAAAAUACUUCUCUAUCCAGGCAUACUGGAGACACACACACACACACACACACACACACACACACACACACACACACACACACACACAUCAGAUCAGAUCAGAUCAGAUCAAAUCCAAAUGAAACGGUCAUAGAAAUAGCUGGAUGAGCAGUGAGUUUACCUUCUCAUAUGGACAGUGUUUGUAGUGUUUGAUGGGGCUGGUACAAAUGAAGACUUCUGUACUGUGAAGAAACAAAACAACAGAGUCUUCAGCAAAGUUUAAAAAUAAAACUUUUCUGUGGCUCACCUGACUGACACACUAGAUCUGCAGUUAAUGAUUAAUAAGAAGCUGGGAGGGCUCCUGAGACAAAAAGUAAAGAUAAACUAUGCACUCACAUGUGGCAAAUUUCUCUGAUUAGAUAAAUGGUUCACUGAGGCACCAGUGGUUUAAAAAACAUGCAUGUCCAAUUGGAGAGCAUGUGUGAACACAGUGUUGAUUUUUAAUUAUAUUUUAUGGCAUUAGCUGGAGCUGAAUUCAGUUGAAACACUGCCAAAAACAGUCAUAAAAAUGCAGAUGUUACAGACUGCAAUAAAAACAACAAAAAGUUUCUCAAUGGAUCUGUAGGUCUUUUUGUUGGAGAUUUAUGACAGGCUUAAACGUCUGAAACCUACAUAACCAAGCAUGAAGAGCAUGAAGCUCAACAUCCUCACAGACAGAAUUCAUUCUCUGUAAUCUGACUACACACUGCCGUCAGAGAAACGGCCUCACAACACCAAGCCCUUCUGUCAGUUACAUUGAACACAUCUGUCUUAGAUCCUGCAGGUGAAUCAGCAGCAGACAGACCAGCUGAAGAAACUGCAUACUGCAUCAGACUCACUUAUCCAUCUUGGCCAUCUCCUUAACAGCCUCUACUCCUCCUGGUAGAGGGUCCAGCUCCAUAAAGAAGUCCUUGGACUCCCAGAUACUGAUGGCUUUUUCCUGGAGUUGAUAAAGAACAUAAACGUUAGGUUGGGUCAGCAUCACCACUGUAGUGGGACUCUGGAUGUCAAAACCCUACUUCAGAAACUUACAGACUACAUCCAUGUUUUAGACUCUCUGGUCCCUCCUGAGUUCCAAUCCAACAUGGAGUAGACUCUAAUAUUUUCAUUGUGCUGUUUACAACCUGAUAACUUACUGUAAACAGCCUACUUGUGAAACUAAAAACAUCAUUAUCUAAAAGCCUGAAAUUUUUUAGGACCCAGAACAGAUCGUGAGUAUGUUAAAAUAAAAAACUUUUCAAUUUUGGGUUUCUGUGAUUGAGUAAUUGUAUUUUCUGUCAGUGCAAAUGGAGGGGGAGUGUAAAGAGUGUAGGGGAGUGUGUCGGGUGGGGCUGAGCAUGUCUAUUUUUACUGCAUUUGUGUGGGGGCUUUCUGGGCAGACUUACAUCUCUGGCUGUCCUCAAAGUUUGAUGUUAAUUUUCUUCCUCAAAGAUAAUGCAUUAGACCUGGUUAUCAAAAUAUAAAUAACUAUAAGCAAUCUUUUAUCACAAAGUAACAUGUUUUUAAGAGCUUAACCAAACCUAAACAUUAAUCACAAUGAGAUAAAAACAUUCAUCACCACAGUAUAUACAGAAAAUUAAAGCUUGUCUUACAGAUAGCCUAGCUGAUUCAAGACCUUUUGACUUAAUCUGUAAGACAUCAGCACAAAACGUACAGAACUAGCUACAUGGAGAACAUAUUCUCCCAUCCCCAGAGACAGCAAACCACAUCUAAACCUGCCGACUAAUGCUGGACAUGAAUUAUGUCAUGAUGUAUAAGACCCGUAAUUUUUUUGUCUGUUUAAUAAGAUAUUUGAUCAAAUUCAACAGUUUUGUUUCUCAUUUGUUAGUGUCAUUAUAGUGCCUUAUGAUGCCAAAUGAAAAACAUCAUUAUACUUAUUAGACAUCAACUGACCUGCUCUCUCAUAUCAGCAUGGCAAAAAUCUAAAAAUAAAUAAAUAAUACAAUUCAGUCUGCCUCCUUCUUGCUUUCUAUUUUCUACCUUUCCCUUAUAAUCUCAAUCUUCUGCCAUCUCUUUAAAUCCUGUACAUCAAGACUGUUUACCAUGCCUGUGUUUUUCUGUAAAUGUUAGUGCUUUGGUUGUGCAUGUUUUUAUACUUUUGUUUCUUCUAUCAGUUCGAAAUAAUAGAAAAAACAAUCACAAAAGUUCAAGAGUACCCAGAUGCAGCGCCAAGAUGGCGGACCCAAAGAUAAAAAACCACAUUUACAAAACGCAAUAAGUUUCCGCAUUACCUCCGAUUGGCGGACCCAAAACAUGAACUUUGAACUUCUGCUUUGCGAUGCCAGAACAGUAGGUGGCGGUAUGUACCUACACUUUCUGACGGCAAAAUUUACAGAAGAAGAAGAACUCUCAGGAAGUUUGAAAAGAAGCAAGCCGUCCGCAUUCAUUCAAUCUCACCUCCGACCACUCAAACUAACCCUAACCCUGCAUUCCAUUGUUUCCAUCAUGGGAAAUCUAAGUGACGCUCUCAAAUUAACAGGAACAUUGCGCAGAAGAUAUGUCCUGGGCAAUGGACUGAGAAAACGGGCAGAGAUUUGGAGGUAUUUGUGCAUGCUCUAUAUUACAGUUGAAAAGUGUAUAACAGCUUUCCAAUGCUGUUACUUGUGGCGAACACCUUUUUGCUUGAGUUGAUGUGUGCCCGCAGGUGGAAUAAUGUCACAUGUCACACACAUUUUCUGUUGUUUUGAUUUAUUUACUCAUUCAUCAUUUUAUGUGCGCACCUCUCCUAAUCAACCCACCCAUUAAAUAGACGGGCACAAUAGCACCAUCUGCUGGCACAAAAAAUACAUAACAAUAAACUGCAAAACCCCAAUCUGGCUCCUACAAAGUGUAUGUGACAAGAUGAUUAACGUUUGCUUUUGUUAAAUCAGGGCUUCCCCAGCCAGGACUUCGGCUCAGACUGUGGCAUAUUCAUGUUGAUGGUAGGUCAUAACGAGCUGUAAUGCACAAAUAUUGUAUCUAGAAUAACUUUCCAACAUGGACUUUUUUAAAGUUAUCUCACAUGUUGUCUCAUAAUUUUUUUUUUAAAGUCUGCCAUGUACAUCGUUAUGGAGUCACAGUUUGACUACUCAGUUGUAAGUACUUUUCAACACGCAGUGUCAUCCUCAAGAUUGUAUUUUGUAUUGUGCACUAAAAUGAAAUACAAACAACAAUUUCAGCAUGACAUGCCUGUUUGGCGGCGAUGGUGGUGCCUGUUGCUCCUGGAGAACAAUUCUUUGAACAGGUAGACAGUUUAAGUAAACUAGAUGUCCUAAUUAACUGGAAGACAAUCAAUAUAUUGUACUUAAAGACAUAUUGUCAUUACAGUUGUGGGAAAAUCUUCGCCCACUGGACCAAAGAAUGUCAAGAGCUCAUUGCUGGAAAGCAUACUCCGGUCUUCAGUCUAAAGAGGAAGGCAGAGCAGCAGGACACAGAGGUUAGGAAAUUGCCUUGUAAAAACAGUAUUAUCUCAGUGGGAGUCCUUCAAAAUGCACACAGUUGUAUGGAUCAACAUUGUCUCGAUGUAUUUGGUAAUUGAUGUUACUUUUCAAAUUGCCUUGUCAAGGAAACCAUGACGCAGACGGUAUCGGAUGUCCAAAGAAUGUGCAUGGCAGAUUCAAUGCAAUUCUGUGUCUACCAGACAUCGAACAACACAGGAGAGAGGUGUGUUGCAGACUCAAUUUAAUGAAUGCAAUUAUCGGGGCCUAUUCAGUGAUUUUCCAUGAAGUGACCACUUUUACAUAUAGUUUAAAUGCACGAAUCAUGCAGGAAAAUUAUUUAUACAUUCAAAUGUGCUGCAGAGGUAUAAUCAAUUGGACAGCGUGUUUGUUUGAUAUUAUGUUUGUCUCUCAUUUGAUCAGAUUGCUUUACCCUGAGGUAAACGUCAUAAAAUGGGUCCAGUGCAAGACGUGCAGGGGCUGGCUGCAUCAGGAUUGUGCUGGGAUUGAAAUGGAGCCGUUUGACUGCGGGUGCGAGGACUCCAUUGAGCAUCCUCGGUAUAACAUAAUUUAUCAAGGAAACAUAGUAUCAGUCAAAAAUACGAGGCUCAAAGGAUGAAAAAAUGAGGGCUUGCUCUUUUCUUAUUUCUCUGCAGGAUCAAGGAUGCUGUUGACAGUUGAGGAAUUCAUGCUGUCUUUUCUAAGACACAGAUCAAGGUUGCUUUUGAAUGCACUAUCAGUUGUUAAAGCCACCGUUUCUUUUUCAGAUGAUUACAUUUUUGUCUCUUGCUCUUUGGUUUCAGACAUUACACGAUGAUCUACUGUCUGGAAAGAUCCGCUCCAACAGAAUGUUCCUUUGGAGGAAUCCCGCCACCUCACUCCGACUAAAGCAGCAUCUUAAGAUAAGGACACUAAGUUGGAGUGAGCAGCGCGUAAGUAAAAAUGCCAUCCAUCAUGAGUAUUUUUACUCUCAGGGGUGUUACAUUUGAAAGGUGUUUACUUUCUGUGUUUUUCUUCAAUAGAUGUUCGAGCUCCUGCGGUUCAUUGAGGUGGCAACAAACAUUUCUAAAAAAAUAAAGAGAGGCGAGAUUCAUCUGCUUGAUUUCGUUUUUGACGUCAUGCUCCCAGAGGUGAGUAGAUCAAACUAUAUAGCUUGCUUUGAAAAAUGAUGAUAUUGUUAAGAGGUUGUUCUUAUUCAUUUGGAAAGCUCAAGAACAACAAUUAACCCAUACUGCAUAACUUCAAUUGUUCACAUUAUUUGACUGUUUUUCAGCUUUUGAUCAAAGCACUGAAGGAGCAUGGCAUCAACCGGUUCAGAGCAGAGCUGAUGAUGGCCUGUGGCAACGUGUUUUAAGCCCCCCACCACACCGACGGCAGUGCUGAAUUUUGUAUAUAUAUAUUUUUUUUUACUGUUCACAAUUUUGUUUGGAAAAAAUUAAAGAAAUCUUCAAAGCAGUUGUAUGACAAUUUCCCAUUUCUUUACACAGUCUGUAAUGAUAUCGCUAUUCAAUUGUUUUUGCUAUAUGGCUCUUCUGAACCUUAAAGAGAUCAUGUGACUUGUGUCUCUACAACUAUUGUAUACUUGGAUUUUGCACAGUCAAGCAAUCCUGAAGAGGUUCACCAGGAAGCACACCAUUUCAUAAAUUAUGUCCCUGGUUACACAAUGUUACUAAAGGAUGGGGGGAGUAAAUUUGUGCAGCAACAUAAGCACUCUCAUAAAACAUAAUUAUGAACAACAGAAAAUAUGUGAGGGUCAGGGCAACAUUGUUGACAUUAAACGAGGUCCUAAUAGGAGUGGAGAAACAAGGUCACAGAGAAGUUAAGAAACAUUGAUGUGCUGUGUAAUAAAGCUAUUGGAGAGAAAAGUUAGAAAACACUGUUAUAUGAUGUGUAACGAGAGGUUAAAACAGUCCAUACUUGUAGCAAACUCUUACAAAAGAAUUUGAGUAAGAUGAUAACUUCUACAUACAUUUACCUAUUCUGACAAAUUAUCAGAAUAUGAGGACAUCAGGCUAUAUAUACAUAUUACUGUAAACUUCAGAAUUAAAUCAGAACAAAACAGUAGUCAUAAUUAAUACAUAAACGUUUUAUUUUGAUUUUUAGCUCAAUAAUAAAUUUAAUUCGAUUCUUAUGGAAUGAACGGAGCAAAAAAAAAAGGAUCCGGCGACUAAAUCCGACUACCUGAAGUAUUUCGGCGCCGGAAGUCCGCCAACGAGAAAGCCUUUCCACCGGAAGUAAUUGUUUUGGGUCCGCCAAUCGGAGGAACUUAUUGCGUUUUGUAAAUGUGGUUUUCUAUCUUUGGGUCCGCCAUCUUGCGCUGCAUCUGGUCACCUCUCCAAAAGUUUGGGGAGACGCUGAGGCACACCGGAACUUUUCACAAUAAAGCACGAUGUAUGUGGAGAACAAAAAAGAAAUACAACUCUGGUUACUGAAACCUACUAAGAACACUUUGGAAGUGGCUCUAAAACCGCUUGCUGUCAGAUGUCAAUACCCCUUUGGACUGACAGAUGAAACUUAAUAUUUAGUUUAAACUUGACCUUUUUUCAGCAUAAAAGUGAAGGCCUUGAAGUUACAUUUCUUUGUUUCAUUUUUUAAAUUUAUCCAAAUAGAGCUCGUCCCUUUCUUCACACCCCACACCUCCCAAACAAACCGCGUUUUGGUGCCGAUAAAGCCAGUCUUUGUCACUCACACAGAGGUCACUCCUCAGCUGUCCGUACUGCGUUGACACCCAGAACCCCCUCCUGUCAUUCAGAGUGAUGUAGGGCUCCUCUGGGUACCUGGUCCGGUACUUCUUCAGAAACCCUCCCUCGAAGUCCGCCAGGACCCCAUCCAUGUCCACCAAAACUCGCAGACUCUUAUCCGAAGUGGACGACAUUUUCAGGCAAAUCCUCUUAAUAGGAUCACGGAGCGAAGUUUCGCCUCUUCCGAUGUGACGAGAUGCGCUGGACAGUAAGAACAUAGUUACUGGACUCUUGAAGAGACUGUUUCCUCAGAUACAACAUCCAGUCCACGGCUAAAGACAGCGGCUCCUCUUCAUAAGGAAAUCCGUUUUCAGGACACAGCGUUAUUGUAGUCGUAGUUUUCCUCUACCAAAGGUUAUCUCAUGUUUUUAGGAGGUCGUCUGGUCUGUUUGACAGGUUCUGUUGAGCAAACGGUCUUCAGCAGAAGCAGAGAAGUGGAUCCACUGCUCUGAGCAGAACCAAAGGUCUCAGACCAUGAGUGCAACAGCUACCGGGUCAAAUGAGACAGGCAUAUGACUGCAGUAUUUCGGAUACAUCCGUAUCGUUAUUCGGGGUAUAUUCUCUGCCCCACUCCUUUGGUAUGAACGAUUACACUGACACGACUUCGAUCGUGACAGAAACGGCCCUGCAGCACGGCUGGGAAAGG